ACUCACACUCAGGCCCUCCAUGACACCCACAAAAGUGAACCCAAGAACUGACCACUGAAUGACAAUCUAUAAACUCUGGGAAAGAGGGCAGACAACAGCCACUUUCUUCUCUGCCUUGACACAGAAGGCACCAGCAAUGAAGCUCCACACCGCAGCUGUCCUCGUUAUCCUCUGCCUUGGCAUCUUCACUGUGCUCACAGUGAAAGGAAGUGCUGGAAGUCAGUCCAUGCGCAAAUUCAAUUGUGUAAAGCUGCGUACAAAACAACUGAACAUCCAAAAUUUUGCAAAGUAUGAAAAGCACCAUAUGCCAAUAAGUGCCAUUGUGUUUAUCAAUAGAAACGGUGUCAGAAUCUGCGUAAGUGCUGAUCAGAAAUGGGUGCAGACUGCUAUGAAGAAAAUAGACCAAAGGUCGGCAUCAUCAAGGAAUGGUAUUUCCCAAUUUAGUGUUACCAGUGAAACACCGCAGAUCAGGCGUCAUUCACCAACUCCUCCUCCCCCUACUCCUUCGGUGGGAUGGAGAAGAGAACUGGAGACACAAAAGGUGGCAAGCCGAAAGGAAAUCCAUGACUUAAAAGAAGCUUCCAGUGUUAAUGAAACUUCACAGUCUGACCAUCCACAAGACUCCCAGACAGUUGCACUCCCAGCACUGAAGACAUUAACUAAUGGGACCAAAGCCCCUUCACGGCAGCUCCAGUGAGCCAACGGGUGCCCCUCUUGACUCUCUGCACAUCCCACCCACACCCACUCAGACCAGGUUUUUCUUUAAUGGUUCAAUCCCAGGUUUCCCACAGCAGUGUCAGAUACCUUGUUCCAUAAAGCAAUUUAUUCACAGCGCAGUAACACGGCAACAGCCCGAGCUGCCGCCUCCUAGGAGGAACCCCCUAACAAAGGACCCUCUGGUCUUUUACACCCUUGCAGUCUAUACCGAGGUGGUAGUGGAUCAAGGGUUGGACUUGAUGAUCUCAGAGAUCCCUUCCAACCCAGCUGAUUCUAUGAUUCUGUGAGGUGGAAAUACUGAU